AUGGUGACCGACCUACCUUCCCCUCCUGCUUCUCACCCCUCUCCAUCUAGCCUAAGACCUGUUACCUCCUCACAGCCCCUGGAAGAUGCCUUCUCAGCCCCACCCUCACCCCUUCAUUGUGGGCCCCACAUGUGCUCUCAGGUCUCUGGGAGGGGAGCUGCUCCUCUGUCCGCUUUACAGCAGGGAGAAGAGGGAGGUCCCUCAUCUCUGUCCUUCAGUGUUAUCCUCAUGUCGCAGAGCCUCUGGAACUUUAUCAUGUUUUCUGGAAACUCAGAAGUAUGGCAGCUGAGAACAGAUCUGGCUGGAACAAGACAGGGACCAGGCUGUGACCUGCUACCCUCUGCUGGCUCUCAUGCUACUGAGUCCCCAGAAUGUCUCCACAGGGAGCAGAGAAGUCAGAGGCCCAGACACAGAGCUUCUGCAUUUAAGCCAUUGCUUCCUCUUUCCCAUGCCCUAGAAUUCCAAGGGGAAGGGGCUCUCGGAACCCUUCCCCCUUCCACUGCCGUGUCAUGGCUACUAUUCCUCCCUGCCCCACAUUCAGGGGUCAGACCAGACCACGUCUCUCCAGCCUUAGAACUAGACCAGCAUAGGGCAUCUUUAGGAAGAAGGCUGGAUCCUACCCAACCCUACACAGGGCCUGGACAGAAGCACCAAAUGACCAAGCAAGCUUAA